AUGGAUUUAGUACUUGUAGAAGCAACUCCUGAACAAGCUAACAUUGUAUAUAAUUCUGAAAAUUUCAAAGUUUGGAUUUUAGUUUCAACCAAAGAUGCAAAUGAUACAUCAAAAAUCAACGAAUCAGCAAUCCUUUCAGCAUGCGAAACCAUUAGACGUAAAGCUCUAAUCACAUUAUCAUCUGGACAAGUUCAAGAAGCAAUCGGUUAUAGCAUUCUAGCAGUAUUCACACCUCCACAAUAUCGACACAAAGGUUAUGGCUCGACAAUGAUGAAAUUACUUUCCGAUAAAUUAAGAUUUGAUUUUAAAGCUGAGUUUUCAUUUUUGUAUUCUGACGUUGGUACAGAAUUUUAUAGCAGAAUUGGAUGGAAAGUUUAUCCUCUCAAGGAAGUUAGGUUUAAGGUUGACAAUAAUUUCACUACACUUUCAGAAAAUCCGACUGAGAUAGUUACGAUUGAUCAAUCUAAUUUGGAAAGUGUAAUACUACAAGAUUGCGAAUACAUCAAAAAAGAAUUCUCGAAAUUAAACAAAAAAAGUUUGGUGGUAUUACCUAUUAAUUCUACUUACAAUUGGUUUUUUGAAAGAAACAAUUAUCUUUCGAAAUCAAAUGAGUUAAAUAUUUUAGGAGUCAAGGUUUUGAAAGAACAAGAUAUUAGAGGGUUUGUUAUUUGGAGCCCCGACUUUCUGCACAAUAAAUUAGAAAUUCUUAGAUUUCGCAGUGACUCUCAACAAACAACGCAAUUGUUAAUUGAAAAAGCUAAGCAAGAAGCUAGUAGAUUUAAGUUUAAACAAGUUACUUUAUGGAACCCUGAUUUAAGAUUAUUCGACCUUUCAAGAAAAGUCGAAGUCGAAGUUGUUGAAAUGACCAAGACGUUGCAAUCCUUAGCAUGGUAUAUGGAUGAUGGUGAUGUGGAUUGG